UGAACACAUUUUACUUCCUCCCAGACAGAACGACACGGGCAGACCGAUAAAGAAAACGUAGUUAACUUUUAAAACCAGCAAUCAACAAAAGAUUUUCAAGCAUAGUUGAAUUUUUUACAACAAAAUCGCGGUAUGGUGCUCGACGUGACGGAAUAUUGAAAAAUCUGUGAAAAGCAAAGACUGUAACGCGUUGACCGCUCAAGAAAGUUUGUGCAAGGGCCUGUAAACAAUAUGUCCUCCGCCUCGCAGGCAUCCUCUAGACGGCAAUGGUGCUACCUAUGCGAUCUGCCCAAGAUGCCCUGGGCCAUGCUGUGGGAAUUCAGCGAGGCUGUUUGUCGGGGAUGCGUGAACUACGAUGGGGCAGAUAGGAUCGAGCUCCUAAUUGAGACCGCCAGACAGUUGAAGAGCAGCCACGGUGUUUUGGAUGGAAGGUCCCCUGGCCCUCAGCAAGGCAAACCCAUCUCAGGUGGGUCCAUGGAAGGAGGGAGGCAGCACGCAGAGCGUUUAGACAGGGGGAGGGGAGAUUAUGGUGUUUCCCCACGCCUCCCCAACGGUCUGCACAGAGCUGAGGAUGUGAGUAUGUCAGAGGGGAGCAGGCAGAGCCCCAACACCAGACGGGCCAUGUCUGGGGCUGUACCUGCUCUUCAUGGGACCAUACCCCAUGCUUUGAUAGCCCAGGGGUUAGUGGGGCCUCCUCAUGGCUUGUUGGCCCCUGUUUCAGCAGCCAGAUCUGGAGGCCCACAGAUGGCUGGUUCCUCUGGCCCUAUAAUAGGUGAUGUAGGCAGGCGUCAGGUAGUGUCAGCCCUGUCACUGGGGGCUGGUGCCUCUACUCUGGUGGGUCUGGAGGCAGGCUGGAGGAAUGGGGAGGUCAUGGCUGAGCUGGCGGAGAGUGCCAGAAGCCGGGCAGAGGGCUGGCCCAACCGUCCUAAAGCGGUAAGAGAUGUCCUGGUGACCCUCUGUGGCUGUGCUCCGUUUAGUGUGCGCUUCAGGAAGGACCACAACCUGGUGGGCCGCAUCCUGGCGUUUGAAGCUGGUACCGGGCCAGAGUUUGAGCUGAAGGUGUUUGUGGAGUACCCUAGUGGCUCUGGAAUAGUGUUCUCCGGCAUCCCAGAGCUGAUCAGGCAGAUGUUCCGUGACUCGAACAAAGAUGCCGGCAAAGCGGGGAACUCAGGGCUGCGGUAUGUGGAAUACGAGAGGCGGCAGGGUGCUGGGGACUGGCGUGCACUCACGGAGCUUCUGAGCGAUGGCGUACGCUCGUUUAAGGAGCCACCGAUCCCGGAGGUCCUCCCACAGGCUUAUCCAGAUGCCGGCAUGUCCACAGUGGCUGGAGGGCGCUCUGCACCUCCGAAAGGCACUGCGCGGCGUCGCAAAGCAUCCCCGGGCUCAGAAAAUGGAGAGAGUGAAGUGAGACCCAUGGGGGAUCAUCCAGCCAGGGAGCCAUGGCCUCGAGGUGCCUAUCCAGGCAUGGAGCCUCUGGGCUCAGGCAUGCCCAACCCUCAGGAUGGCCCAGCCCGCUCCCACAGCCAGCCCUCACCUAUUUCGGCACUCAUGGGAGUGGCCGACAGCUUGACCUCUAGUCAGAUGUCCCGAGACGGCCCCGGAAUGUCCUCGGCCCAUUCCUCCGCACCCGGCCGCCCUAACAGUGGCAGUCCCUCCUCUGCCUCGGUUUCCCAGGCAUCUAUGAGCCAGGGUGCCCAAGGGGGGCCAAGCACCACCAGUGCCGGGGAGACCGGGAGCAGUGCCCUGCUCUGCUGCACCCUCUGCCGAGAGCGUCUAGAGGACACUCACUUUGUCCAGUGCCCGUCUGUCCCGCACCAUAAGUUCUGCUUCCCGUGCACGCGUGGCUCCAUCCGCAGUCAGGGCCCCGGCGGAGAAGUGUACUGCCCCAGUGGCGAGCGCUGCCCUCUGGCCGGAUCCACCGUGCCCUGGGCCUUCAUGCAAGGAGAGAUCUCUACCAUUCUUGCCGGUGACGUGACGGUGAAGAAGGAGAAUGACCCCUGACCCCCCAGUUUAAUCAAAGUGAAAGCGGGUCAAACAACACUUCAAAAGCACUUCCCUGAUCUAUAUAUAUCACCCAGAAGGUCCAGUUGCCUGCAGUUCAUCACGUGUGCCUCAAAGGUGCAGCACGAAAAAAUAAAGUUACCAUGCAACCCAGGAGGCAACAGAAAAUGUUGGGAGGGAACUAGAACCAUCUGUCCAAGAGAAGGCAACUUGUUUUCCUGUCUGGGCGGGGCUUCUCCGCAGGGUUUAGUAUUAAGUUUAAACUACGGAAAAUCCCACACACAUCAUUCUCCAUGUCCAAUGCAGCAGAAGAGGCUACUCGUGAGGCCUUGUUUUAAAAGCCCAGGAUUGGAAGCACAGGUCUGUUCUUCAAUAUGACAAUCUCAACAUUUCAUAUGUUUCUAUAUAUUCUAUUAAACUAAAAUAUUUAGUUGCAUACUGUCAUACAAGUAAAUGAUACCGAUAUUGAAAGUCCAUUGGUUGCCAGAACCAUGCAAAUAUUGGGACAGGAGAAAGAGGAAAAAAAAAAAAAGGAAAAACCAGUAGGAUCUUAAAAAAGCCAAGGUAUAAAAACGUUAUUCAAAUGUCUCCUAUGUAUGCUCCUUUAUUACAUAUAUGUCAAAAAUGUGAAUUUACUUUCAAUGACUAUGUAAUUUCUAUUUUUGAUACAAUACAAAUUUAUAUGUAUGAGUUUAUAGUAAUAAGACCAAAGAUGGCUUUGUGCUCUAUGUAAUUUUAUUGUAUUGUAGCUAUAAAUGUUGUACUCACUGAUAACCUAUGGCAUCAGUCACUGUUUCUUCAUCCAUGACAGAAGUUGGUUGUUUGUCUUUAAUAUUUACUUUCUGAACUCUUCCCACACCACAUGCUUAAAUGGUUAACCCACAUACUCAAAUGUGAUCUUAACAUGGGGUCAACUAAUAAAUUACAGAAUAGUCAUUG